CUGAAUAGAAUGAGAUCCCAAUACAACUUCUAAAAACCUUCUUCUGAGAAAACUAUUCAUUCAUUUCUUUAUUUUUUAUUUUUCAAAACUCUCUCUCUCUCCAGAAAGAAAUAGAAGAAAGUUGAAUAGUUAUUACAAAUUUACACGCUUGUGGAAAAAAAGAUUCUGUGUUUACUUUACUAGUUGAGGAUAGCGGUCAUUGGUUAAAGCAAAAGAGUGAUUGGAGAAAGAAGGAGUCAUAAUAUUCAAUAACAGAAAUUAAAAUCACCAUCUACUUUCAUUAUUAUACAUAUUUAUUUAUUUAUUUAUUUUGCUGUUGCUUUUUUUCCCCUUCCACUUUCCUUCGUUGUUCCUCCUUCUCCUCCGGUUGCUUCAUCUUUCUCACCAAAUUUCUUCCCUUUGCAAAACUACCUUCUCAAUUUGCAUGCCUUCACUUCCCCUUCACCCCCAAGGAAUGAUUUCUACAAGAAAGAGAAGAAUACAUGAAAUUAGGAUAUUUGACCUAUCAUAAGAAAGUAGGGUGUGGUUGUUCUUUGUAAGUGGUAUUUGAAAUUGAACUGUAACGGGUAUGGAAGCAUUAUAUGCUGUUAUUGUAAUCAUCUUACCAACAUUAUAUGCUGUUAUUGUUUCAUGGGAGAAGAAAGGAUUUUAUUUUCUAGAAUAAUUGUGUCACAAGACGAUGUCUCUCGAAUCAUUCACUUCUGGUCCUACAUUGGAAGUUAUUUCCCAAACUAUAGAUAUUGUUUCCGAGUUUGUACUUUCUGCCGGCAAUGUUCUUGUGAAGAAGGAUAGUUUUAAGGAACUUGCAGCUUACUUGCAAAGGAUUGCACCAAUCUUAAAACAACUGACGAAAGAAAAGAUCAGUGAUUCCGAUACAUUCAAACAUGCCAUCAAGAUUUUGAAUCGUAAAGUCAAAGAUGCAAAGCAACUGGCUCAAGAAUGUAGCAAAACGAGCAAGGUAUAUCUCCUAGUGAACUGCAGAACCAUUAUUAAGCGCUUAAAACACAACACAAGUGAGAUCAGCAGGGCACUUGGACUUAUUCCUUUGGCUACACCAGGCCUUUCUGCCGGAAUAAUUGAUGAAAUUGGAAAGUUAUGUGACAAUAUGCAGGCAGCUGAGUUUAAAGCAGCCAUAUCCGAAGAAGAGAUAUUAGAGAAAAUUGAGUCGGCAAUACAAGAAAAGAAUGUUGACCGCUCCUAUGCAAAUAAUUUGGUGCUUCUCAUCGCAGAGGCUCUCGGGAUUACAAACGAUCGGUCGGCAUUAAAAAAAGAACUUGAAGAGUUUAAAAAUGAAAUUGAAAAUGCCCAACUAAGGAAAGACCGUGCUGAAGCCAUACAAAUGGAUCAAAUCAUUGCUUUGUUGGAAAGGUCUGAUACUGCCUCAUCAACUAAGGAAAAGGAACUCAAGUACUUCGCCAAACGUAAUUCGUUGGGUACUCAACCGUUGGAGCCUUUACAGUCCUUUUAUUGCCCUAUUACCGGGGAUGUUAUGGUUGAUCCUGUGGAAACUACAUCAGGGCAAACAUUUGAGAGAAGUGCAAUUGAAAAGUGGUUUGCAGAAGGACAUAAACAGUGUCCUUUGACUUUCAUUACUUUGGACACGUCGAUUUUGAGACCUAACAAAACCUUGAAACAAUCAAUAGAAGAAUGGAAAGAUAGAAAUACAAUGAUCAGAAUUGCUUCAAUGAGAGAGAAAAUCCAAUCUGGAGACAAAGUUGAAGUAUUACGUUGUUUGCAAACUCUUCAAGAUUUGUGUGAACAAAAGGACCAGCACAAAGAAUGGGUGAUAUUGGAGAAUUACAUACCAGUUCUUAUCCAAAUUCUUUCUGAAAAAAACCGUGAUAUAAAGAAUCAUGUCCUUGUCAUCCUUUGCAUGCUUGUGAAGGACAGCGAAGAUGCCAAGGAAAGAAUUGCAAAUGUUUAUAAUGCAAUCGAGUCUAUUGUCCAUUCUCUUGGACGUCGUUUGGGGGAAAGGAAGUUGGCAGUGGCGUUACUGCUGGAACUAUCCAAAUACGAUGUGUUAAGAGAAAACAUUGGAAAAGUUCAAGGUUGCAUACUACUAUUGGUGACUAUGUCUAGCAGUGAGGACAAUCAAGCUGCAAAAGAUGCAACAGAGUUAUUGGAGAAGCUUGCAUGCUCUGAUCAAAAUGUUAUACAGAUGGCAAAGGCAAAUUAUUUCAAGCAUCUACUGCAGCGUCUCUCCACAGGACCCGAUGAUGUGAAGAUGAUUAUGGUAAAAAUGUUAGCAGAAAUGGAGUCAACCGAUCACAAUAAGGAGAUCUUGUUAGAUAAUGGUAUUCUGUCUCCUCUGCUUCACUUAGUCUCACAUAAUGAUGUUCAGAUGAAACUGGUUGCCCUUAAAGCUAUCCAUAAUCUAUCUAGUUUAAAGAAAAAUGGACUCAAAAUGAUUCAACAAGGUGUAGCACGCCCAUUAUUUGGCAUUCUUUUCCAGCACAACCUUUCUUCCUCAAGUUUGUGCGAACAUGUAGCUCCAAUAGUUAUGCAACUUGCUGUAUCUACCAUCUCUCAAGAUUCACAGACACCAGUUUUAUUGUUAGAAUCCGAUGAAGAUAUUUGUAACCUUUUCUCUCUAAUUAGCUACACUGUGCCUGAUGUGCGACAACUCAUUAUCCAGACCUUUUAUGCCUUGUGUCAGUCGCCCUCAGCUUCAUAUAUCAGGACCAAGCUAAGAGAGUGCCCAUCAGUUCUAGUAUUGGUCAAGUUGUUUGAGAAUGAAAACCUAAAUCUUCGAGCGAGUGCUGUGAAGCUGUUUUCUUGCUUGGUAGAAAGCUGUGAGGAAGCCACCAUACUGGAGCAUGUGAAUCAGAAGUGUAUUGAGACUUUACUUCUGAUCCUGAAAUCUUCAUCUGAUGAAGAGGAAAUUGUUUCUGCUAUGGGAAUAAUAUACUAUCUGCCAAAAAUUCAACAGAUCACUCAGUGGCUUUUCGAUGCUGGGGCGCUUCUGACCAUUUGUAAUUAUAUCCAAAAAGGGAAAGACAAAGAUAUCCAAAAGAGUAAGCUGGUAGAGAAUUCUGUUGGUGCCUUGUGUCGUUUUACCAUUCCAACAAACUUGGAAUGGCAAAAGUGUGCAGCUGAAACCGGGAUUAUAACUGUUUUAGUACAGUUGCUUGAAAGUGGAACUCCUUCAACAAAACAGCUAGCAGCACUGUCCCUAACUCAAUUUUCUAAAAGGUCACAUGAACUGAGCAGUCCAAUGCCGAAGCGCAGCGGAUUUUGGUGCUUCUCAGCUCAAGCAGAAGCUGGAUGCUUAGUUCAUGGCGGUGUAUGUACUGUGGAAUCAUCAUUUUGUCUUUUGGAGGCUGAUGCAGUGGGACCACUAGCAAAGACUCUUGGGGAAUCUGAUCCUGGAGUGAGUGAGACUUCUUUGGAUGCUCUUCUAACUUUAAUUGAAGGGGAAAAGCUACAGACUGGUAGUAAAGUGCUCGCCGAUCAAAAUGUCAUACCACUAAUAAUAAGAUUUAUCGGUUCCCCUUCCCCUGGAUUGCAGGAAAAGUCUCUUCAUGCUUUGGAAAGGAUUUUCCAGCUAUACGAGUUCCAACAGAAAUAUGGAGUUUCAGCUCAAAUGCCUCUCGUUGACUUAACUCAACGGGGUAGUGGUAGCAUGAAAUCCUUGGCAGCUCGAAUAUUGGCACAUUUGAAUGUGCUUCAUGAUCAAUCUUCAUAUUUCUAAAGAAUGUUGAUUCAAUUAAAUGUGCUGAAGAGCUAAGUUAACUAACCAUAAGGUAUAACCUUCCGUUGAUUCUUUGUCCGUGGCAUGACAAAAGCAGUUGCAACUUGCAAACGAAAAAGUUUGGACAGGAAAUGAGACUCUUUCACAAAUAAAGUUUCUUUUAUUUGUGCAGCAACAUGAUAAUGAUAUUGAUGUGGUUCCUCCUGCUAGAACAACAAAGUUGAUUUUCCUCAGUCUGGUAACCAUGUGACCAAGGUUGUAGCUUUGCAUUGAGCUAUUUCUCAUUGAGAAUCAUAUAGAUCUUGUAUUCAAAGUGUCUUCGUCCAAUUUAGGCUAUUGUUGUAUUAAUGUAGGAUUAGCAUUGGACAUGUGGGGAUUCAUUGGGGGCUUGUAUUGUACGCCCUAAAUAUCGUGUACAUUUGAGGAUUGAUUGGAUUGAAUGGUUAUUUGUGUAAAAUAUACAAAUAAAUAUCCCUUUCUUGAAUGAGGUGUAUUCUAUGCUCGGAGAACUCAUUUGUUUUGUGCUUCUUACAAUGUAAAAAAUGUAUGUUUAUUAUUAUUGUGGUCA